GAGCGCGCGCCAGCCCGUUCCCCAAUCAACUUCGGUUGCGUCACUCGUGAAUAACAAGUGCAACCGUACUGGAUAAGUGGCAUGGUGGUUCGAUGGUGUUGUUAAAAAUGGUGCGACGGCGGGAUUACAAGCGCUCCGCGUUCACCAAAUUUUGCACCACGCUGCUGUGGUUCCUUACCUGUUUUAAUGAUAUACACGCAAUAAAAAUAGUGAAAGUAGUGGUGCCAGAAAUAAUCCAAUAUGGAGUUCAGGACGCAGUUAUACUAGAUUGUGAUUACACGUACGGGAACGAUACGUCAGGACUAGUAGUGAAGUGGUUCUUUAGAAAUAAAACGCGGCCAGUGUACCAGUGGAUACCGUCACAGAAACCCCAGGACUUGGGUAUUUUAAGGAGUAGAGUAGACUUGAGUUAUAAGGCCUCGAAUGACCCGCUGAAGAUGCACCGGGCAUUGAGGAUAGUGAAACCAAAUACGGACAUUUCUGGUGACUACACGUGUGUGGUGUCUACCUUUAUGGAGGAAGAUCAGGGGACAAAACAGAUGAUUGUAUUUGUUCCCGAGACAAAUUUCCGCCUAAUCCAGAACAAGACUGAUGACGACACAGUCAACGUCAUUUGCGCUGCGGAGGGCGCUUACCCAGCACCGAACCUCACGUUAGCAACGCCUGAGAGGUUACUAGACGGAGUAACUAAGGACCUUAAAUUGGUGAACGGAAGGUACUCGGCCGUGGCGUCAGUGACGCUUCGCGACGAAGAUUUGCCAUCGCCCGCUGAGUUUAUUUGUACCCUGAGGAUACCGCAAGCAAAAUACGCGGUACGGAAGGAAGCCAUUUACUACCCAGGACCUAUCAGCACAACUCCUGAGAUGCCUACAGCUGCAGAUAUGCAAUUGGCCGCAGCUGUGGGUUCAAAAGGAGCUAACUUGUACACCGCGAUCGCCAUAGUAGCGCUGCCAGUCGUAGCUCAAAUGUUAGUGUUAUAAGUCAACUAAAAGAAAAAAAAAGCGCCAGUACAGCACUGUGAAAGAAAUUUUAUACAAUCUCAAAAGAAUGUCAAAUUAAAAUAUCGUCUUAAAAUUGUUUGCAGUAAGUGGAAAUUACAUAAAUAUGGGGUAAGCUUGUGACGUGUGUCCUAAUUAUGAUUAAUUGUUACAGAUUAUGUCCGAAUACGAUGAACUUGUUAUGAUUUCUAGUCAUAUUCCAAAGAGGCACUACCAAAGUUUUUAUAAACAGUUCAUGAAUGUUUUUACUGUGAGUUUAACUUCAUGUAGAAAUUAUAGAACAUAUUUGGGCCGGUUGUACCACUAACAGGUUUUUAACGAAAAAUUAGCAUUGAAUUAUGAAAUUAUUAAAAAUUACAAUAGUUAUAAUUGAAUACGGUUUGAUGCAAGUGACCCUUAAUCCGUGUUUUAAAUUACAUUGCUUAAUCAAAAAUGAUUUGAUUAUGGUGUAUUCCUUGAUAUAAUUAAAAUGAAAAUGGUUUUUACAAAGAGUGAGAAUUACGAUCUAUGUUUCCCAUUUUUACCUAAAUUGAAUUUCCUAAACUUAUUUUUGAGCUAAUAUUUGAAGUUUCCUAUUAUAAAUAUAGCUUUAAGAACA